GCGCGCCCCGCCGCGCCGCUUUGUGUCCAGACCUGUGCGCGGCUCGUGCGGGCAAAUCCGGAGACAUCUCGGGUUCCGCGCGGCUCCGUCCCCUCCCCGCUCGCCAGCCUUUGUCUCCCUCCGCCCCCUCCGCCGGCUCCAGUUCCAGCCGGAGCGCGUCUGAACCCGGCUGCGGCUGCCGCUGCCCCGGGGAGCCGAGCCGCGAGCGCAGCGGAGGACGGGGGAACCUCCCAGCUGGAGCCGGGGCGCGAGGAGCCCUGGCCGCUUGGCCGGCCUCCAGCCAAGCCUUCCCCCCCGCCUGCGGCCCAGCCGCCGGGACAAUGCCGGGAGGGGCUUUGGCUCAGGUCCCGGUGACGUUCGAUGACGUCGCCGUCUAUUUCUCCCGGGAGGAGUGGGAGAUGCUGGCAGACUGGCAGAAGGAGCUGUACCAGGAGGUGAUGAGGGAGAAUUAUGCAAAUCUCAUUUCUCUGGCAGGGGACUGGCCCAGGCAGAGAAGCAAGAAGAAAAAUGAGGAGGAAUGUGCUGAAAAGUUGGAAGCCCCGGAGCUGCCGACUGGAAACAGCUCGGCCAACGGCUCAGAGAAGGCACAGAACUGCAGCACUCAGAGCGUCCGUGUCCCAGAGCCAAGCGGCGAGGAAGGUGGCUGGCCAGGGCAGCCGGCUGAAGGGGGAAGAGGGAACAGCCAUUGCACGUGGCCCAGUGGGAACCAGGCACCCAAGAAAAGGGCAAGACCACACAAUUGCGACGAGUGCUGGAAAAGCUUCACCUGGAGAUCGGAGCUGGUUCAGCACCGCAGGACCCACACUGGGGAGAGGCCGUAUAAGUGCGCUGAGUGCGGGAAGGGCUUCAGCCAGCACGUCAACCUGACCAUCCACCAGCGUAUCCACACCGGCGAGCGGCCCUACCGGUGUGGCGAAUGUGGGAGGGGCUUUACCCAGCAUAUCAACCUGACCCUCCACCAGAGAAUCCACACUGGGGAGCGCCCGUACCAGUGCAGUGAGUGUGGGAAAAACUUCAUCCGCAAAUCCAACCUGGCCAAGCACCAGAAGAUCCACACAGGCGAGAAGCCCUUCCAGUGCGCCCAGUGUGGGAAGAGCUUCGUGCACAAGUCUGGCCUGGUGUCGCACCACAGGACCCACACGGGGGAGCGGCCGCAUCAGUGUGAGGCGUGUGGGAAGCGCUUCGGCCACAAGUCGGGCCUGCUUUCGCACCGGAAGACCCACACGGGUGAGCGGCCCCACCAGUGUGCCCAGUGCGGGAAGAGGUUCCGGCAUAAGUCAGGCGUGGCCUCACACCAGAGCACCCACACGGGUGAGCGGCCUCACCAGUGCUCCCAGUGCGGCAAGCGGUUCUCCCGCACCUAUGAGCUCAUCUCCCACCAGCGCCUGCACACAGGGGAGCGGCCCUACCCAUGUGCCGACUGCGACAAGAGCUUUGUGCGCAAAUCCAACCUGGUGAAGCACCAGCGCGUGCACACAGGGGAGCGGCCCUACCAGUGUGGCCAGUGCGAGAGGAGCUUCUCCCAGAGGUAUGAGCUGGUGGCUCACCAGAUCACCCACACCGGGGAGAGCCCCUAUACCUGUGCCCAGUGCGGGAAGAUCUUCAGCCAGAAGUCGAACCUCGUGAAGCACGAGCGCAUCCACACUGGCGAGAGUCCCUUCCCCUGCACCCAGUGCGGGAAGAGCUUCAGCCAACGUGCCAACCUGGUGAAACACCAGCGGAUCCACACCGGGGAGCGGCCGUUCCAGUGCGCCCACUGCGGGAAGAGCUUCAGCCAGAAGUGCGAGCUUGUGUCGCACGAGCGGAUCCACACCGGGGAGCGGCCGUUCCAGUGCGCUCACUGUGGGAAGAGCUUCAGCCAGAAGACGAGUCUGAUCGCUCAUCAGAGGAUCCACGUUGGUCAGCUACUGAGUGAAUGUGCCUAGGGCGAUGCCCUCCCGUCCAGCUCUGUCCGGCACUCCGGCUGAUGCCAAUGGGGGGCUGACGUGCAGAUCGAGGGAGGUGCAUGGCUCUGGGUAUGGAUCCAUCAGUAAAUAUCUUCUCGAUUACUGGGGAGCAAACAAGGGAGGAAUUGGGGCUCUCAAGCUUGAGAUUUCCAAACACGUCCCAGAAAGAGUUUAAACAGCUCUUUGAAUUGCCCUUGUCAGGAGAGGGGGGAUAUUUCAAACCUGCCUUCCGGUUAACGCAGAGACCCUGUCAGACUUUCUAAGGCUCGGCAGGUCGGGAAACACCAUGUAAUUGUCAAGAAGUCCAGAAAACGUCUGGCAAAGCAGGAACCAUGUUGAACAGCAGAGCGUUCCCUCAGGAGAAGAGGGGGCAGGCUUGGAAGACGCAGGGCUGAUUCAAACCUUGGGUUUUCCAGAUGUCUGAUGAUGAACCUUCUGAGCUUGACUGACCCUCAGGAAGACUGUAGGAUGUGGGUAUGGCGUGGUAGACCCCUCAGCAGUACCCUCAACUAGCCAAUGGGAACAUGGAGGGCUGGAAGGGGUGGAGAAUGAUUAAUGGGGUGUGAAGAACAGCUGGUCAAAUAAUAUUCAGCAAAUAUAUGAUUUGGUUCUUGUUGAGCAAUGAAUCAAAGAAAUAACUUUUUGAAGUGUUCAUUCAGCUGUUGAAAACUGUUCCUCAAAGAAAUUAUUUGGGGCCAGGUUCACAAAGGUGUUUAGGUGUGUAAAGAUGCCGACAGGUGCUGUUGUCAAUCUCACUAGCACAGGGGUUCUCAAACUGGGGGUCGGGACCCCUCAGGGGGUUGCGAGGUUAUUACAUGGGGGUUGCAAGCUGUCAACCUCCACCCCAAACCCCGCUUCGCCUCCAGCAUUUCUAAUGGUGGUAAAUAUAUUAAAAAGUGUUUUUAAUUUAUAAGGGGGGUCGCACUCAGAGGCUUGCUAUGUGAAAGGGAUCACCAGUACAAAAGUUUGAGAACCACUGCACUAGCACCUAAGUGAGUCAGGCACCCCACUCCCCUUGACUCUCAGUGGUAUCUCUGGCCCAGGUCCUCCAAAGUAGUUACGCACCUAACUCCCAGUGGGAUUAUACUUGGAGGAUCUGGCUGGAGGCACCUAACCUGCUUAGGAGCUUUUGAAAAUUCUCGUAGGCGCUUAGCUGCAUCUCUAAACACCAAAAUGCUUUUGCAAAUCUGGCUGUUGACCAAGAACAGCCAAGGCCAGUGAGUAAUGCUGAAUCCGUUUUUCUGUUCUUCUCACAGACCCAGAUCUAUUGCUGUGUGGCAGGUUUAAACGCAUCCUGAUGCGUGGGCGAGCAAAAGCCAUUAUUCUUGAUGCUUUUUCAGUGGCGAGUAAGAAAUAAUGUCAAAACUAUGGCAAUAAUAGUUAUUUCCUGGAUGCUGAAUUGAUUAAACUUACCCCAAACUACUUCAAAUAUAUGAACCCGUUCUUUCAAAAACAUCAGUAAAGGAGAACAGUGCCCUGCUUAUGUGGAAAUAUAUAUGCUAUGACAUGGCUAAGAUCAUGAAACCGUGUGCUCCGAUAGUCUUCUCUCCAGUGCGGUCCCCACACGUUACCCAGUAACUGAGAGACUCUUUUCAGAACCAUUGAUUUAAAUGAACAUUAUCAACCAGAUUUAAACUGGUGUCUUCUUUAACCCAAGGAGGAAGUUACGUUUAUCCAGACAGAUCAGAAGAAAAUAUAACACAGUGGCCUCAAACUUGUAAGACUGCCUCUCAGGCUGGUGUUCCUCUCUGCGCGAUCCGACGCACCUCUUUAAUGAAUGCUGUUUCCUUUUUGUUUAUGCACUGAUCUAAUUGUUUCCAUUAUGUACCAUAUAAAAAUUAUAUAUAUGGAGAUAUGCCUAUCUCAUAGAGCUGGAAGGGACCCUCAAAGGUAAUGGAGUCCAGCCCCCUGCCUUCACUAGCAGGACCAAGUACUGAUUUUGCCCCAGAUCCCUAAGUGGCCCCUGGGUUUAGCAGGCCAAUGCUCAAACCACUGAGCUAUCCCUCCCCCCAUUUUAAUAGGUGCCUUUUUAAAGCACAACAUGUAGUUCAAAGGUAGGAAAAUUCUUCAUGGUCUUUGACUCAUUGCCUUUUUUGGGUCUGCUUUAUGUUUUGCUUCCUGUAGUGUAACUUCCAUGUCUUGCUGCAUGGAGGCCUGGGUGUGGAGCAGGGAGUUGGUUUGGUUUGAACUCCGCAGUCCAUAUUGCCCAGAGGUUUGGGUUAUAAUUUGGGUAUGAUUCUGUAAGUGCUCCGUGCGCGGGAGUCUGGUUGACUCCAAAGACAGUUCUAUGAUUGGAAUGCUCAUGGGACUGGGGACUGGUGGUUCAAUUCAUCUUGGCCAUGGAUGGCUCCCACCUCUACGUCGCCUUCUCAUCUGACAUGAAUGCUGUGAUUUCCAUUACGUCAGAAUGGAGAGCUGGGCAAGGAGCAGCCGGCUAAAGCUCAACCCAGACAAGGCACAGAGGUGAUGCAAGUCAGGGCCGGCUCUAGGUUUUUUGCUGCCCCAAGCAAAAAAAAUUUUGGCUGCCCCCCCCCAGCCCUGUCUCUCUCUCCCCCACCCCCCAACUGCACCCUUCUGCCGCCCCAGCCCUGGGUCACUGAUAACUUGCUCCCAGGGUGGGUCAUUCAGCAGGAAUUUUGGGUGUGCACAGAACACAGACAGGAUUGGUUCCCAUAUGGUUACAGAACUGCAGUAAAGUGGAACAUUUUUCAGCUAGUGUGACUGGAGAAUAUCUGGAUGCAUAUUAUAAGACUGU